AUGCACCGUUUGCGCAACACCUUCACUAGAUCCCGGACGCCCACGGGAGCGGAGAUGAAAACCCAAAGCAGUCUCGAGGUACCGAAGCAGGUACGCUCAGCAUCGUUCGACGAAAUACAACUAGAGGCGCAACGCUCGUUUCCGCAGCGGUCGAUGUCGACGACGGCGGCAGCAACUGAGCGCUCGCCAACGCCUGGUACCGGUACCGCAGGUGUUGGGAAUCUGCUGCUGCAGGUGCCCCAGACCACGCCCGGCCAGCGGUCGCGCAGCUUCGACCUGGCAGGUUCGGCCUCGGACGAGGGCAGCGCGGUGGCGGCGGCUUUCCUCGACGUGCCGAAGCGCUUCCAGCGACGCAAGUCCAGCUCGAAAACGCCGCCACCGUGCAUCCACUGCCUGUACCUGGAGGAGUACCGGCGGCUGUUUGGUGUGGAGCAGCGCCUGUACUACGACAGCGAGGAGUACCAGGCGUACCUUGACUACACCUCGAGCUCUUCGGGCAGCGACGGUGACGGCGACGACGGUGGAGCGGGUGGCGCGAAGGGGGGUUGCGGUGGGCUUGGUGCAGGUGUUGGUGAUGGCAGGGGCGGCAACGAGGUUACGCAACGAGGCAACGACAAUGGCGACAACGACGUCGACGACAACGCAUACUACUACGACGAUGACGAUGACGAGGAUGAUGAGGACGAGGACGAUGAGGAUGCGGACGGUGACGACGAUCGGGACGAACGAGACGCAGUACUUGACGUAGUCGAGGCGGAUAUCGACGAACCUGACGAAGACACGCUUAACCGGAAGCAGCGCCAGCAGCAGGCAACGCUUGGACUUGACGCACCGGCCUACGAUUACUCUACGUUGUUUCAGCGAGUGUCACCACGCCGCCGGUUGCGAGUAGACUGUGGUUCUGCUACGCUGCUAACAUCGCCACCUGUAGCCUCGCCGUGUCUCAUCACACUAACACUCUCACCGACGCAACCAGACGACGAGCGUUCUGACGAUCCAGGUGGUUGUGUGUUCGGAGGUGACGAUCCGUCACUCGGUGUGCGAUAUGGUGAGAUCGCACUAAUGCUGCCUGACAGAGCGACUGAAUGUACGUCGACGUCGACGUCGACAUCGACGGCGACAUCGACGGUCGAAAUGGCCGCCUCCGAUCAGGCGGCUGAAUCGGAUGAACCACCACCACCGCCAAGUCGCACACGGCGACGUUCCAUCUCACGUCAGGAAGCCAUUAUUGUCGAACCAACGGGCAGUUCGCUGGAGAACGUUUCCGGUGGCGCUGACAGCCGCCCAACAACACCGCCAACCGCCAGCCCCCCACUCACCUGCCAGCCGCCCUGGCCGCAGCGUGACCGAGCCGCUUCGCUAGGUCCACUCGGAUCGUCGUCGACGUCAUCUCCACCACCGCUCCCGCCGUACCCGUGCCAUCAGCCGCCGGCACCGCCCGUGCCACCUCGGCCCCGCCAGCUCGCGGCGGCCGGUGCACCGCUGGCGUCGCCGCCUCCGGUACCCAGCACGGGACAGCCGCCGGCGGCGGAUUUCGUGCGUGACAUCUAUCUGCAGGUGCCGGACCUCAAGCGAGACCGGGCCGCCUCUGUCGACUCCUGCUUCGCCAAGGUGCCCGGUGCUAAGACGGAGGAGUUACAGCCGCCGCCGGCCGGUACCCUUCACCUGCUGGCCGUACCCACGAGCGCAGGCGGCGGCGGCGGCGGCGCAGUUCGAUCACGGUCGGUUGAUAUUGUGCUGCCGACGGAGGAGCAGGCUCGCUAUAAGGCGCUGGCACUCGCAGGUCCUUCUGGUACCGGUACAGCUGCCACCGGGACCGUACCUGCUUCCGGUGCGACUGGCGGCCAUCUUGCGGCGGCUCGCGGAAUACACACGUACACGCGCCGCAUAAAUAUAAUAUAUAGUAUAUGCUUGUGGGUUGGCGAUCCACACGGGCGCCAGAUACGAUGCACUCCAGACUGGAGCGAAAAUGCGGUCUCUGGCGAUCAUCUAUGGGUGCCGACGUCGGUGUCCGGUGAUUGUUGCUACGUCGGUGACAACGACUGCACGAGGCACGGGCCGCGGAUGAAGUGUUCGGCGUGUAAGAUCGUGUCCCACGCUAGCUGCAUCUCGGUCGUGAUGGAACGCAGCCAGCUGCAGUGUAAACCAACCUUCCGUGAUGUGGGCGUGCGGCAGUACCGUGAGCAGACGAAAACCACUCACCACUGGGUACAUCGACGCAGCGAGAAGGGCAAAUGCAAGCAGUGUGGCAAGUCGCUGCAGGCCAAACUGACGUUCAGCUCGAAGGAGAUCGUGGCGCUGUCAUGCGCCUGGUGUAAGGCGUCCUAUCACAACAAGGAAGCAUGCUUCAGCCCUGAGCGCAUUGGCGAAGAAUGCACGCUCGGUCCGCACCGAAGCAUCGUCGUGCCGCCAUCUUGGAUCGUGAAGUUACCGCGCAAGGGCAACUUCAAGUCAUCGCUCCGCAAGACGCCGCAGAAGAAGAAAAAGUCCGGAAAAAAGGUGUCAGUACCUCGGGAACCACGCACGUUCGUCAUCAAGCCAAUCCCGACGGCUAACAUCACGCCGGUGUUGGUGUUCAUCAACCCAAAGUCGGGAGGCAACCAGGGGUCGAAGUUGCUGCAGAAGUUCCAGUGGCUGCUCAACCCACGCCAGGUGUUCGAUCUGACGCAGGGUGGCCCACGGAUGGGGUUGGAGCUGUUCCGGAAGGUGCCACAACUGCGUGUCCUAGCGUGUGGAGGUGAUGGCACCGUCGGUUGGGUGUUGUCCGUGCUUGACCAGAUUAACUUCGUGCCACCACCGGCCGUCGGUGUGUUACCACUUGGAACCGGCAACGAUCUAGCUCGGGCCCUAGGAUGGGGUGGUGGAUACACAGACGAACCGAUCGGGAAGAUCCUAGCGAACAUCGGCAACUCGGAUACGGUGCUGCUCGACCGCUGGAACCUGAAGGUGGAACCGAACACCUCCGUACCGGACGCUGACGACGGCAAGGACAAUCUGCCGCUGAACGUGGUCAACAACUACUUCUCGCUCGGUGUCGAUGCGCACAUUGCGCUCGAGUUUCACGAAGCUCGCGAGGCCCAUCCGGAGAAGUUCAACUCGCGACUCCGCAACAAGAUGUUCUACGGCCAAGCCGGCGGUAAGGAUCUGCUAAAGCGCAAGUGGAAGGGUUUGGCCGAGUUCGUGACGCUCGAGUGCGACGGCAAAGACCUGACGCCAAAGCUGAAGGAGCACAAGGUGCACGCGAUAGUAUUUCUCAACAUUCCCAGCUACGGCGGUGGUACACACCCGUGGAAUAAGUCCGGUGGUCAGUUUGAGCCAGCCACCGAUGACGGCAUGAUUGAGGUGGUCGGUUUGACCACGUACCAGCUGCCACUGUUGCAGGCCGGUGGUCAUGGCACCUGCAUCACCCAGUGUCGCAGCGCACGCAUCGUCACGUCCAAGACAAUACCGAUGCAGGUGGAUGGUGAAGCGUGCAAGCUGAAACCGUCCAGCAUCGAGCUCACCCUGCUGAACAAGGCUGUGAUGCUGGCCAAGAAGAAACCUGGCCGGGCGAACGUACCGCAAGAGAAGCUGGAAUCGCUCAACAUCAGCCUGUUGAAGAUCAUGAUGGCGGACUACGAGCAGCACCACUACGACAAGGACCUGCUACGACAAUCAGCGGUGAUGCUCGGCAACCUCGAGGUGCCCGUUACCGACCUGGAGCAGGUGCGCGUACUCAUCAACAAGUACUGCAGUGAGCAACCUGAUAGCCCCAAGCUGUCACCAGACUGGUGCUUUAUCGACUCCUGCACCGCCGAGCGCUUUUUCCGGGUGGAUCGCGCCCAAGAGAACCUGCACUUCAUCACCGACAUCGCGACCGACUGCGUGUUUGUGCUGGAUCAGGAAAGCCCAACGCUCCCGCAAACGCCCGAGGACGACCACCGGCGAUUGGGUGCACCGGGACCAACGGUGGGCAGCGUGGAAUCGGGCGAAAGUAUCCCGCCACCAUCACCACAGGCCACUGGCAAGCUGCUUGAUCGGUCCCUAUCAGGACCGGCCGGGGACAUUCCGUCGCGUAAGAGUUCGCAGGGAUCGCACGGUAGCUUCCAGGAGGCGGACGGUGCGGCCCAAUCGCGGGCCCCCGGUACACCGGUCACGCACGAUUCCGUCGGCAAUGGGCAGAGCUUGGAUCAGAUGGUCAACUUCAAAAGCUUCCACGAGCGCUUGUUCGGGCUCAAUGAGGAUGCCUUCGGAUUCAGGUGACUAUAUCUGUUAGCUAGCGAUGUGUGUCCGUACUGUCCGGUGGCUAGCCGCACCGUGUCGCCGAGACGAUCUAGGCUAGAUCUAGGCCUCCGAUUCCUCGUAGCCGAGCCUUGGGCCCCUCUGACCCGUUGACGGUGCGCUGUGCAAUGGUAUGUGUUUGCAGUGCUGAUCCUCGCUCGGCCUUGAAGGUCACCAGAAACUCGUGACGCUCACGAGCGGCCAUCUUGAAAUCGAAAAGCUCCUCCCACGUGCCGUAGUUAAUGUGCCGCGGGUGCGCUGGCGUUUUUUUGGAAUCUUCUCGCGAUGGUUUUCGUUCCGCUUUCUGUAACGGUUUUGAUUGCUGUAGGGUUACAACUGUAUGUUUAAAUUGAUUUCAAACCAACCGUCGUUUGGUGGUUUUCGCGGGCCAUUAUUAUUUAUCUUAUUUAUGUUGUACUUAUUUUUAUUUGCUACGCUAUGUUUUGUUUAUUAUGUAUGGUUGGCUUCCU